GUCAGCAAUAUAUACAAAUUUUCUCAUGGAAUUGCUAAGCGCUUCAUAUGAUUCAGAUUCAGAUAUUUAUAAAGCAGAAAAUGAUGUAAAGCCGCUUCAUUUAAUUCCGAUAUCAACAUCUUUAGACUCACUGAAAAAUAAAUUAAAUUUUAAUAUGAUUCCAUAUAUACCCGUUGAUAAAUCGAUUGACACCUUAAAUUAUAUGCACCCAAUUACUCGUGAAAUUUCAGAAAAUUUAACUUAUGAAGAAAUGUUUGCUCCAAAAGUUGGACCAGAAAAUCCAUUCAAAACCCAACAGGGUAGAGCAGUGAAGAAUACAUUUUCUGGAUUUGUAGAACCUGAUUUUGUUCAAUAUGCAAAUUUUGAAAUGCAGCGUAAAGCAUUUCAUGUAGAUGGCUAUGCAAUGGACCCAUCAAUUGAGACUGAUACCCAAAUUACUAACCCAACAGUUGGCACCAUCCCAGAUGAAACAGCAAAUUUUAAAAAAAAAAAAAGAAAAAAAGCAAGAUCUGAUGACCCAUCAGAUAUAGAUGGUUAUUUGGGACCUUGGGCAAAAUUUGUUGAUGAGGAGACAGUUUCAAAACCUUCAGAGGAAAUGCAAGCCGAAUUGAAUGAAAUUUUAGCCAAAAGACAUAAGAAGACUGAUGAGGAAGAGAAAAUAUUUAUGGAAAAAUCUGUUUUACAUAUCCCCGACGCUUACGAUUAUCAAGGCAGAUCUUUCUUACAUAUUCCUCAAGACUUAGGUAUUAACCUAAAAGCCGAUCAUAUCCCAGAAAAGUGUUAUCUGCCUAAAAGGUUGGUUCACACUUAUACCGGACACACCAAAGGUCUUUCAGCUAUCCGUUGGUUUCCAUCUUCUGCUCAUCUUUUCCUAUCUUGUGGUAUGGACGCUAAAAUCAAGUUAUGGGAAGUUUAUAACAAACGUAGAUGCAUACAAACGUAUUCUGGCCACACGCAAGCCGUUAGAGAUGUAUGCUUCAAUAACGAUGGGUCUCAAUUUUUGUCCGCUGGAUAUGAUAAAUAUAUUAAAUUAUGGGAUACCGAAACAGGAAAGUCGACAAUGAAGUUCACGAAUCACAGAGUGUGUUAUUGCAUAAAAUUUAACCCCGAGGAAAGUAAACAGAAUUUCUUUUUAGCCGGAACUACCAACAAAAAAAUUAUAUGCUGGGACAUCCGUUCCGGCGAUAUAGUACAAGAAUACGACCGACAUUUAGGCGCAAUCAAUACGAUAACGUUCAUAGACAAUGGGAGAAAAUUUGUAACAACCUCGGAUGACAAAACCCUUAGAAUAUGGGAAUGGGAUAUACCCGUCGACACUCAUUACGUAGCGGAUCCAUCGAUGCAUUCCUUACCCGCCGUCACCAUUUCUCCUAAUAAAAAAUGGCUCGCAUGUCAAUCUAUGGACAAUAAAGUUCUGAUGUAUCAAGUUAUGGGGGGUUUAAGAUGGAGAAGGAAAAAGACCUUCGCUGGCCACAUGGUAGCGGGCUACGCUUGCGCUCCCGAUUUCAGCCCUGACCUAACUUACGUUACCUCUGGAGACGCCGAUGGUAAGCUGUGGAUUUGGGACUGGAACAGCACUCGCUCCGUCACCUCUUUCAAAGCACACGAUGAUGUUUGCAUAAACGUGCUUUGGCAUCCCCAUGAAACUUCUAAGAUCCUAUCGGCUGGGUGGGAUAAACUUAUUAAACUUUGGGACUGAUAAGUACCCCUCCCCCGAUUUUUAUUCAAUAUUUGAGACUGAAACACCCACAUAAUCAUGUCCACUUUUUAAGAAAGAUUAUGAUAAUUGGCAUAAAUUUAUAGUAUAAGCUUUGUCGUUUUCAUAUAAAUAAUAAUCUGAUGGUCGUUUCCUUUUUUAAUAUUCCUCUAGGCUUUUUAGUUAAUUUCUCUUAAAAUUGUUUCCUUAUUUUUAAUUUUAACAUAAUUAUAAAAUAUAUUAAUUACUCCAUUGUAUAUUAUUUAAUUUAUUAUAAUGUACAAAUUACUAUAAUAUGUUUGAAGACGAUUGUAAAUGUGAUAAUAUACAUGCAC